UCUGUAAAAUCUGCAUAUGAAAACAUAUUUUUGUUAUUUUUUUCAUUAAAAAGAGAGUUAAUUUGUGCUAAAAAGUAUGCUAUGAUGUCCAAAAUUAAGUGACCUUUUAGUGUAGGCGAAUUUAGGGAUUUUAUACAAAGACUUGAAUUAUAAACAAUGACUUCUAGCAGGUUGGACCGCCUCUUUGUGCUGCUGGAGACCGGUAGUUCAUCGGUUACACGUUCUGCAGCAGCAAAACAGUUAGGAGAAGUGCAACGAUUGCAUCCGCACGAAUUGAAGACGCUACUGUCCAGAACUGCUACCUACUUGAGAUCAUCUUCCUGGGAAACUCGAAUAGCUGCUUCAGAAGCGAUUAGACACAUCGUAGCCAAUGUACCACAAUGGAAUCCACAAGGAGUCGAUAUAAAAGAAGAGGAAGAUGGACAGUCUCCGUCACUAUCUACAAUCGGAAGACUACGUUUUAGUCAGUUUAGUAUGCCAACUGUACUAGCAAAUAGUACGCAUCUGAUGGCAUCAGAGGGAAAAGAAUUCGACUUGAAUGACGAUCCAACAAUAGAUUCCAAAGAAAAAAUGGCGAAACAACGGCAACAGCUGAACGCUAGAUUAGGACUGAAUAUGGCCGCACAAAUGGGGUUUGAUACGUCAAAUCUGUUUACCAAUGAAGAUCUGAUCGAUAAUUCUGAUAAAAUGAGUAGUGUUAGUGUUAGGAAAAAUGUUCAAGAAGUGAUUUGUCCGAUAAACACAGAACUGAGCCUGAGAGAAAUAAAUAGAGCUAAGCGGAAAGCCAGGCAGGCUGUGAAUAAACAAAGAUCUAGAGAUAACUUAGAUGAAAAUAGCUCCGAAGAACCCGAAAAGAAGAAACCCAAGACUGAAUUGAAAGAGGAAUAUACCGGUCACUUUGAUGUUGAACUAGGAGACGCCGGCGACUGGCCGCUGGAAUGGUUCUGUGAUCAGUUAAGUCAAGACUUAUUUAGUUGUAGUUGGGAAACUCGUCAUGGGGCAGCUACGGCUCUACGAGAGGUUCUGUCUGUACACGGAUCUGGAGCAGGAAAGGCAACGUAUUUGUCAUCCAAUCAGAUGGAACUGUGCCACCAAAUUUGGCUAGAAGAUAUGGCAAUAAGACUGUUAUGCGUUUUGGCUCUAGAUAGAUUCGGAGACUUCGUAUCUGACGCUGUGAUCGCUCCGGUUAGAGAAACGUGUGCGCAAUCGUUAUGCGCAGUCAUGAAACUGAUGGCGUCUCAAUCAUGCUACGAGGUUUUAAAGAUACUUCUGCAGCUUAUGGACCAUGCAGAAUGGGAGGCUAGACAUGGAGGUCUUUUAGGAUUAAAAUAUUUGCUUGCCGUGAGAGAAGACAUGAUAGACGCUUUUCUCCCAGAAAGCUUCCCGUUUAUCCUGCUAGGUCUUUCCGAUCCAGUGGAUGACGUUAGCGCAGUUGCUGCUUCUGCAUUAAUCCCCGUGGCAGAGAAACUGACUGACCUAGUACCUGAACGUAUCCCAGAGGUCGUCACGAAGCUUUGGGACUUACUGUCCGAGCAAGACGAACUGGCAGCUGCUUGCAAUAGUUUCAUGGGGUUGCUGGCUGCAGUAUUAAAUCUGCCGAAGAUGCAGGCGUUGUUGCCGGCACAACCCUUGAAUGAAGUUGUUCCCAGAUUGUGGCCGUUUUUGAGCCACGGAACAAGUUCUGUCAGAAAGGCAACACUACGAACUUUAAGUACAUUAACUGAGAAACCAAAAGACGGUACCGCUAUUCUCUGGGAUGCUCAGCUACUUCAAGACGCUCUUCGGCACAUCUAUCAACGAGUUCUGGUCGAACCCAACCCUGACGUACGCCUCGUCGCUGAAAAAGUGUGGUACAAUUUAAUAGAGAAUUCCAGACUGGUCGAAUUGUUACAUGCCGCUUGUCCAUUCAUAACCGUUUGGUUGUACCUUUGUAUGCAACCUGUACGACUGCCCUUCGAUACAAACUUUCUCAUUCACGCCAAGUCGCAUAAGAAAAAAUCGGAUGCGUUGAAUAGUUUCGAUCAUACCGUUGUGCCUCCCAAGAUGUACAUCGGAGGUAUCGAAACUACUGCAACUCUGGUUAGGGAGCAAAACGCUAUACCAGUUCGGUGCGCGGCCUCUAGAAUGUUAGGUUCCCUUUCCCAAUAUAUUACAAAGCCAGCACCUGGUAUAGAUUAUGCCACAAAUGGUCUGGAAAACCCCAUAAAUUCUUUUGUAAAAGUUCUCAUGGUCCAUUUGAAUUCAAAAUCAGCUCUCCAACGUAUGGUAACAGGUCUAGUCAUAGCCGAAUGGGCUAAAGCCGAUAAAGACGUAGAAACAUGCCCCCUCAUCCUGAAGACUCGAUUGCACGAAUGCCUUAACGAGUUUCUUUACUUCGAUGAAAUUGCUCAUAGUUUUACACGUCUGGCUCAGGAAACAAAAGACUUUUUAGCUACUUUACGGCAUUAUAAAGUGCCUAUACCGGGUAAUAACGAAAACGUUCUAACGCUCGACCAAAUCGAGCAAGUUACUGGCCCGGAGACUCAAUCGAUUCUAGUCAAUAUUAAAAUGAAACCUAAGGUAUUGGAAAGUUUGGAGGAAAGGAGGAGAAAUAUUCAUAACUCUGUGUCCCAGACCAAUAAAGAUCAGACGAGGCUUAGUUGUAGCACGAUGGCCGCAAUAGCGGGUGCGGCAGUCAUGUUAAGGAUUAUCCCGGAAAAGUUUGGAUCAAUCGUAAAGUCCUUAAUGAAGUCGUUGCACAAUGAAAGUAACGAGGAAUUACAGAAGAUAGCAGCGGAACAUUUAUCGAUAUUAAUAGAUCAGACCAGAGACAGGCCAAAUAAUCCAAACGAAAGAAUCAUACAACAUGUCAGUAAUUAUUUGAAGAGCGAUCCCGAGUUUACUCCUAUCAUUUAUAAACAUCAGGAGGAAGAAAGUUCUUCCCAGAAGGAUUUUCUUAAACCAGGCAACUAUAAUGGUAUAGUUACACUAAAUAACCAACAAAGAACUGCCGAAAGAGCAGCUUUAAAGAGAUGUAACAGUACAGGACGAGGCCCUGGAAGACCUCCAGCGACGGAUAUUCCAAUGGACGAAUUAUUUAAAGAAGAAGAUGAAACACAGAAAACAAAUGUAAUUCAAAGACGAGGUGGGACACUAGGUCUUGUAGCUAUUGUCAAACAUUUUGGAGAAAACGUACCAACAGCUGUACCUAAACUGUGGGAAUUAAUGAUCGGUCGAUUGACUGAGUCCAUAGAUCCGUUUAAUUUCAUUGCUCAAGAUUUUUAUGAUAAGGAAGAUCAAGCAGAAAUGAUUUUGUGGUCCUUACAGGUUUUGGAGGUGACCGUAACUAGUUUACACAAAUCGUUGCUACCGGAAGUAAUGCACAAAGCUCUGAUAAGACUCUGUGUUUUGCUUUCACAUCCCUAUCGAGCUGUAAGACAUUUAUCAUCACGUUGUUUAGCCACAUUUGCCAAACUUGAUUCUGUAAAAGUCAUGGAAAUGGUUGUUAGUAUAGUAUUACCAAAGCUGGGAGCUACGGACUGCGAUAUAGAUAGACAAGGUGCCGUCGAAGCCAUCACCUGCAUUGUAGAGGAGUUAAAAUUCGACAUAAUUCCUUACGUAGUACUGUUGGUUGUUCCGUUACUCGGUCGAAUGUCAGAUCAAAAUAUGUGCGUAAGACUUAUGGGCACCCACAGCUUUGCCACGUUGGUACAAUUGAUGCCGUUGGACGGGGGCGUACCGGAACCACCGGCACUAAAAGGAAGUAUUUUGAACGAACGAAGAGACAAAGAGAGGGAAUUUCUGCAUCAGCUUCUUACUCCCUCUUCGAUACCGGACUAUCACGUUCCCAUUCCAAUUGAUGCAGAGCUGAGAAGUUACCAGCAGGCCGGUGUUAACUGGUUGGCGUUUCUUAACAAAUACAAAUUGCAUGGUAUCCUAUGUGACGAUAUGGGUUUGGGAAAAACAUUGCAGAGCAUUUGCAUUCUCGCUGGAGACCAGUAUGACCGAGAACAACGCUACAAAGAAACCAAAUCUCCUGAUUGUGCUUCACUACCAUCGAUGGUUAUUUGUCCACCUACUCUCACAGGUCAUUGGGUUUAUGAAGUGGAAAAAUUCCUUAAACACAAGUAUUUACGCCCUCUACAGUAUAACGGAUCUCCCACCGAGCGAGAGAAACUGAGACACAAAUUUCGAAAAUUUAAUCUGAUAGUCGCCUCGUAUGAUAUCGUUCGUAAGGACAUAUCAUUCUUCUCUGGUAUUAAAUGGAAUUACAUAAUUCUUGAUGAAGGGCACGUUAUUAAGAACGGUAAAACGAGAACAAGUGUAGCGAUAAAGGCGCUGGUAGCCAACCACAGACUGAUCCUUAGCGGUACUCCUAUUCAAAAUAACGUCCUGGAACUUUGGAGUCUUUUCGAUUUCCUAAUGCCAGGUUUCCUUGGAACAGAAAAACAAUUCACAGCUAGAUAUUCUCGACCUAUUUUAGCCAGUCGGGAUCCUAAGUGUUCUCCAAAGGAACAAGAAGCUGGAGUAUUAGCCAUGGAGGCAUUGCACAGACAAGUAUUGCCAUUUUUGUUGCGAAGAAUGAAGGAAGACGUUUUGGACGAUUUACCACCAAAGAUUACGCAGGAUUAUUACUGCGAAUUAAGUCCUUUGCAAGAACAACUGUACGAAGACUUUUCCAAAAGUCAGGCUCAUCAAACUCUACAGGAAUCUAUUUCUGCCAGUGGUUCAUCAGGUUCCAUUCAUAAUACACACAUAUUCCAAGCACUUCGUUACCUACAGAACGUCUGUAAUCACCCGAAAUUAGUACUAAAUGCAACACAUCCGCACUAUCAACAAAUCAACGCCCAACUACAAGAAAAAAAUUCAAGAUUGGAAGAUAUAAGUCAUUCGGCCAAGUUACCAGCACUUAAGCAACUUCUUCAAGACUGCGGAAUAGGCGUAAACGACAGUCCUGAUAAAGAAUCAACUGACAUUGUCAUCAACCAACACAGAGCUUUGGUAUUCUGUCAAUUGAAGGCUAUGUUGGACAUCAUAGAAGAGGAUCUAUUCAAGAAAAAUAUGCCUGGCGUAUCGUAUUUGCGACUGGAUGGUUCCAUACCACCCAUACAUAGGCAUUCAGUGGUUACGAGGUUUAACAACGAUCCUUCGAUCGACGUCCUGUUAUUAACGACCCAAGUUGGAGGACUGGGCUUGAAUCUGACGGGCGCCGACACGGUUAUUUUCGUCGAACACGAUUGGAAUCCUAUGAAGGAUCUACAAGCCAUGGAUAGAGCUCACAGGAUCGGCCAGAGGAAGGUUGUAAAUGUCUACAGGCUGAUCACAAGAGGAACUCUGGAAGAGAAGAUUAUGGGAUUGCAGAAAUUCAAACUCCAGACUGCUAACACCGUCAUCAGCGGCGAAAACAGUCAGAUGGAGACCAUGGGUACCGACCAGUUACUAGAUUUGUUCUCCCAUAAAUCGACAUCAAAUGGAGAUUCGUCUUCUGGUAGUGCGAAGACCGGUAUAGGCGGAAUGAAGGCCGUUUUGGAUUCGUUACCGGAACUCUGGGAUAGUAGACAGUACGAUGAUGAGUACGAUUUGUCUCAAUUUAUGUCCAAAUUGAAGUAGAUGAGGUAAUUGUUGCUGUGAAUAUUGAAGCAAUAACUAAACUAUUAGGAGUUGUAACCGAUGGGUCUGUAGGAUAUAUUACCAAAGAAUUAUUUAUUUUCACAUUAAACCUUUCACAUGUUCAAAACCAUCAAUCAUUUUUAAGCUACUAUAGGAUAGAAAUAAGGAGGAUCACAUAUCUAGAAUACUUUUUUUGUAUAUUUAACACAAAUUUGUUUGUCAUAAAACUUCGAAUUGUUUUUGUAUUGUAAGGAUUUUCCAAGUUAUAAUCUGAUAUGUUUUUAAGAGCAUAAUAUGUGAUUCCUGUUUUUUUGAAAUACAAAAAUUUUAUGUUUACGUGGCAUGUUUGCUGUACCUCCAAUGAAAGGAAUAUAUGCGCAAAAAGGCACAUUUGCUGCUACCUUCAAGUUGUUACAGAACUUGAAUAGUACUACAGUACUAUCGUCAUUCUCUGAUUAACAAUAUUCAAAUUCUUUUGCUGGUAACUCGGUUUAGUCUCAAAUUCCAGGAUUUGUUUUAACAUUUUUUGUGUAUAAAACGGCUGUCUUCGAACAAUUUCUCCUCACCAAACACUUGGAACAUUAAAACCUAGAACAUCUUAGUAAUGAGAGAUUGCAUCUUGGAUCGGAGCAAUCUACAGCACCUACGAGUCUUCAGGGUUUUCAGAGACAUGUAGUCCCUAAAGUAAUUAAAAAUCUAUCCAUUGUCAUUGACCUAGAGUCACAACAUAAUCAAAAUGUAACAUUUGGAAUGCUGUAAAUUCAUACACGGAGGUCUCACAGAUAACUUUAUUGUUAGCUACAAGUACACAAGGCACUGAGGAUGAUCUGUUCAGAUCGAAAACGUUAUGCUAGAACUUAAAUUUUGACGACACUUUUUAUAAAGUUUUAACUAUUUGUCUUUUAUACCACAAUACAUGUGUGAAGUGUUUUUUUAAACGAUGGUAUACAGCCAACUACGGGGUUUUUCCCAUUAAUUUUUUCAGGGUUUCUUUCUGGAGUCUGCCAUAACCAAGUCAUGGACUUUGUUGAACAUUUCCGGCGUGUUGACUUCAUUUGGCUUCCCGGGACGCUUAUCAUCGAAAACACUCGUACAACCACAAACAAAUUCAGCUUUCGAAAAUUUUACUGUUGCUAACGAAGGUGCAACCUCACCAUAAACUUCGUCCAGGUGGGCUUUGAUUUGCGCAUUCGUUUUACCCUUUUUAUGGAGGAACUUAAUCACUGAACGAUACUCGACUUUUUCCAUUUCUCCAAAAACACAAAAUUUGCUUGCUUUUGACGGCUGUAAAAACCAAACUAAUUGUUUUUAAAACUUAAAAUUUUGACAGACGUCAUGUCAUGAAUGACAAAUACACCGAAACCAAUUCGGUAUCAAGUAGCGCCGUCUAUCAAAGGCUAGUUUAAUGUCAAUCUAUCCUCGUAUAUGUCUAUAUAUGGACACUUACUUUCCAUAACCUAAUUUUCACUUCAUACGGUUUAUUAAAAUAAACAAAAGAAUUUGUCGGAUAUUUCUCAAUAAAAAAUAUUUUGAACAUUCGUUCAACUAUUUCAGUUGGAAGCAAGUGCUCAAAUCGACGUGACUGGUUGCUAACAAUUUUUUAUCUUUGGGAUUUAGUGUGCGCAGAUACCAAGCUUACUGCGCACACUCAGCUUAUAAAUACUUCGCAAUUAUUACAGAAACCAACCUAAUAUCCAAUGUGCUCCUUUGUUAUCUACCUUUGCGCAUAUAUUCCGUGUUCUAGUACUAAUUUAUCGUAUUGGGAAGUAGUUUGAUGGCCUUUUUGUUAACGUAUAAAUUUUAUUUUUUUAAUUUGUAUUAUAUCACCUUCAUUUAGCAUCAAUAAUUUAUAUACCAUGGGAAUAAUACCAAUCACAUUUAACUCAUAUCGAUUUAUUUUUAGUGACAAUGUUAUUAUUUACAAUAAACGAUUUACUUGUUUAUUUCUACAUUUGUUUAUUUAUAUCUACC